AUGCAAAAACUGACACUUGUGCUACUUCUCAGUAUUCUUUGCAUUGUCGCGUGUCAAUGGGGUCCUGGUGGCUGGGGCGGUGGCCCUGGUCGAUGGGGCGGAUGGGGAGGAAACCGAUGGGGUGGCGGAGGACCAGGAGGAUGGGGUGAAAAUAAUGGAGGAGGCAAUUGGGGAGGCAACAGAGGUGGAAAUUGGGGUGGAAAUUUUAAUUUGAAAUCUCAGUUUCGAAGUUUUCCAGACAACGGAGGUCCUGGUGGCUGGAAUGGAGGAGGUGGCCGUGGCGGUGGAUGGGGUGGAAAUAACGAUGGGGGAAAUUGGGGAGGCGGUGGACGUGGCGGAUGGGGAGGAAACAACGGUGGAGGCGGAGGAAAUAACGAAGGUGGAAAUUGGGGAGGCAGUGGACGUGACGGAUGGGGAGGAAACAACGGUGAAGGCGGAGGCCGAGGCGGUGGUAGACGAGGACCCCCAGGAUCCGGAGGAGGAGAUUGGGGAGGAAACGGAGGAGGAGGUCGAGGAGGUGGCCGUGGAGGCGGUGGAGGACGUGGAGGAGAAUCGACUGGAGAACGAAUAGCUGAGAAUGUUCUUGGCGCACUUUUGGGAUGA